AUGAACUGGCAAUAUAAACAUGAACAUUCGCUUGAACAACGUCGAUUCGAAUCGGAACGUAUUCGAAGACGUUAUCCCGAUCGUAUACCUGUUAUUGUCCAACCCUUACUAUCUUCAUCAUCACCCUCAUCGUCGUCGUCCUAUUCAUCGUCAAGUUUAUCAACAUCGUUGUUUCGAUCAUUUUCAUCCUCAUCCUCUUCCUGCAGUGAAUUAUCGUUGGCACGUCUUGAUAAUGAGAAGUUUCUCGUUCCAUCGGAGCUCUCGUUUGGUCAAUUUGCGUAUAAUAUUCGACGGCGUUUACGUUUACGUGCUGAGCAUGCCCUUUUUUUCUAUAUCGGAUUAUAUGGUAAACAACCAGUAUUAAGCGCUACGAUGGAAUCAUUAUAUAAUGAAAAUAAAGAUACAGAUGGUUUUUUGUAUGUUUGCUACGCAGAUGAGAAGGUUUUUGGGUAA